UAAUCCAGGGGAAAAAAAGAAGAGAAAAAACGAAGUGAUAUACAUGGCUAGGGUUUCCUGCAAGCAUAUUCUUCUUGUUGCUUUCUUCAUCUUCAUCUUCAUCUCUAAAACAGCUACGGCGAGAAAUAUGCCGGUGGAUAAGAAACCUCAGAAAGUAUUCCAUGAUGAUCAAGUGCAUACCGCUACAGAAAUUCAUGGAGAAGAUCAUGUUAAGGUUGAUGAAUUAGUAUCUAUGGACUACACUCCAGCAACAAGGAAGCCUCCGAUCCACAAUUAAUCACCAAAGUUAUGGACUACAGUCCAACAACAAUGACAUGAGUUCGAACAGUUGCCGGAUGUGUGCGUUAUUCAUAUAUUAAAAAAAUAAUCUGAAUAGAUACCAUAUAAUCAUUCCAUAUUAUUAAAAAAAUAUUCAAUUUGUUCAGUUAUUUUGUUCUCACUUUAUAUAUACAUUUCUACAUAGUAGAAAGGAUAAAACGAGAAAUGGUUCGUAAAUGUGAGAAUCAAGCAUUGUCACCAUAGAAUCAGGUAUAUUCACAUAUUCUCUAGGGUUUAUGCUUUUUUUUUUGUAAGUAAAAAAACAUGCGUGGAAAAA